GUCACGUGACACCUCGUCAGCGCCUUCACCCCUCUCGUCUCGGACUCAUGCGACAGCAACGCGCUUCUGAACAUGGCUGCGCCCAUCUCGCUGCAGUUGCAGGAUUUAUUAAACCCUUUACCCAAAUUCCAUGAUCCCGAAGACGACGAGGAUGAAGCUACCAAGGCCAAAGUAAUAGAAACAUUUGAUGAAGGUGAAAAUGAUGAAGGAGACUUGGCUGUGAGCUCACUGCGAAGUCGUGCCUCUCUUAUUUCUCUCUUGGAUAUUGACAGGAGGUAUUCAGGAAGAGCCACAACACGUAAGGAACUUCUGGCAGAGGCUGAAGAUUCUGGGGAAGAAAAUGAAUCACAAGAGGACAUUGAAACAUUAUCUGAGGAAAAUAGUCUGCUGUCUGCUGAUUAUAACUCGGAAUUAGAUGAAAGUAAUGAAGGGGUUAAGGUACUGGAUGAUCAAAUGAAAAGUCCUGAUCACAAGCCUGAGUCUGGGAAGUCUGUGAGUCUGGGAAGCAGUGUGGAAGAAGAUGAGGAUGAAUCAGAAAAUGAGAAGGGAUCGGGAGAUAGUGAGGAAGAUAAUGGUGAUGAGGAUGUUGAAGAAAGUGGGAAUGAAGAUGAUCAAGAGAGCAAUGAUGUGAAGACUUUCUCAGAAGAACAUGUGAAUAAGGAAGUUGAGAAAGGGAAGGCAGUGAAGGACCAGCUGAUUUUAUGGGACCAAAUUUUAGAAGGUCGCAUCAAGUUGCAAAAGGCACUGUUAACAGGCAAUCGACUUCCAGAGCCUAAUACGUUUCCUGUCUUUAAGAAAAUGGGAGGCUCAGAGUUUGCUGCCGCUCAGAAGAAUGCUCACAAAGCCCUAAAAGCCCUGCAAAGGUCACUUCUGGAGCUACAGGACGAGUUGUUCUAUCAGCAUCCUGACACAAAGAAUUUAGUUGACAACAAGGAGAGUACAGAUGACAGUGAGAAUGAUGAUUUUGAAGAGCAGGAAGAGGAAGUUCAUCCAAAAAAAGGCCCACCCAAACGCAAACUAGAAACAAGUGAAUUCCCAGAGUUCAUAGCAAAACGUUUUAAAGCAUUCCAAAAGUAUCGCAACAGCACACUGCAGAAGUGGCAUGAUAAGACCAGACUGUCAUCAGGCAAGAUAGGAAAGGCCUUUAGUGCAUUUGAUCGCAAUAUGCUUUCUCAGAUUGACCAGAUAAUGAUGGCAAAAGACAGACUACUAAAACGAACCCAGACUAAGCGAUCCAUGUACAGGGUUCUUGGGGAUCCAGAGCCAAAGCCUGAUGAUGUACUCCUGAAAGAGAGAUUGCAGGAUCAACCAGAAUCUGAAUGUUUGGAAAAAAAUGCAACCUCAAUCAAAGAGUUUCAUGAAGAGAUUUUUGAUGAUGAUGACUUUUACCAUCAGCUUUUAAGAGAGCUGAUUGAAAGAAAAACUAGUGCUGUUGAUCCAAAUGAUCAGGUGGCAAUGGGCAGGCAAUGGCUGGCUAUUCAGAGGUUACGAAGCAAAAUUAAGAAGAGGGUAGAUACCAAAGCCAGCAAAGGACGAAAAGUCAGGUUUCAUGUUCACAGCAAGUUAGUGAAUUUUAUGGCACCUAUUGCCCAGAGUCCAGUGAAUGAUGAUGCCUGGAUGGAGCUGUAUAAAUCAUUAUUUGGGAAAACAACACCAGCGACACAUCCAGUGGACUUGCAGACCACUUUCAAGCCCUGACAGCCUGGUUCACGAAGACCCAAGGUGUUUGUCUGAUCACUUGGUUGCCACAUAUCUUAAGUAAAUGUGGAUAAAUAAGGACUUCUACUUUCAUUUGUAUCAUCCACAUGAUCUCUUCUUCUGUGGCAGCUCGGUUUCACUUGAGAUUAUGAGAUGUGGUGCAUCUCCCGAACUUCAGUCUGGUGUGAGCUUAGUAUGCAGCUUGAGGAACAACAUCCCAUAUUGGCCAAGUCUUUAGGAGUGAACCAAGAUGACUGCUGUUUACUUGCAUAUCAGCUGAGGGUGGUGGAGAGGACAGGACUACUUGUUCUGAUGCUUUUUGUUAUUCUCUUGAUACUCCAUGCUGUCUUUCAUUUAAUUUUCAGCAACUAAUUGAUGCGCCACAAGAUGCUCUUCACAUAUUGUCAAACAUUUUUUUUCCUUUAUUUUGUUUGGUUGUUCAGAAUGGUUAGUGGGUUGGAAGGAAGCAUUUGCCUGUUAGCUGGAACAGUUUAUCUUUAUUUUCCUUAGUCUUUGUGCAUUUCUGACAAGCACAUUUUUUUAUUAUUUCUCGAAUGGUUCAGCCGUAAACCUUGGAAAUGGCCAGUAUCCGAGACUUGGAGAUGCCGACACAGAAAACUGCCUGUUCAACAAUCACCAUAGCACAUUAAAGUAUUUUAUAAUAUAAUAUAAAGUCUAGCGAGUGUAAGGCACGCACAUUCUUAGGCAUGUUGUGAUUCUGUGCUUCUCUAUUUUGAGACAAACAACUUCAUUUUCUAGCAUGUCUCUAAUUAGCUGCAGAAUUAGUGAUGCUGACGUUCCUCCAUAGAUCACCAAGAGCCUCCAGGGAGGCCGGCGGAAUAGAGCAAGUCGCGUUUCCAAUUAUUGUGUUGAAUUGCUAAUUUAGUUAUUGUGCCUGCCGUAAUUGUGGUGGGUAUUGGCUGCUGCGGUUCAAUUUGUUUUAAAUAUUUGUGGGGUGACGGAUCAGUAAUGGAGCUGACCUAUCUGCAUGCCACUAUGAAGGAGACUAAAACAAAGCACAACCUACAAAGCCAAGCUGUCAUUCAGCUCAUUUUUAAGUUUGAUCUUGCUCAGUCCCUCUCAAGACUGUUCUAGUUAAGAAGCUUGAAAUCCCCCC